GAGAAGCCUCCCGGGAACAGGGGCGGCGGUGGGGGAUCCUCAGUGGGUCCGACCCUGCGGCAGGGCUCGGUGGGGCCCGAGGGCUCUGCCAGGGGUCUGGGGAGAACGGCAGGGCCGGGAAACCCCCGCCUUCCUGCUGCCGGGUCUGCGGGCCGCUUCCCGCCCUCAAACUCCCUGAGCUACCUUAGAAAGGCCUGACCGCGAAAGAAGCCCAGCUUGUCCUUCUGCUUGGGUUGUUGUAGCCUUUGGACAAGCUACGUUGGAGUGUCGGCUGUAUUUCAGCACUUCUCACCGGGAUUGAAAACCUAGAAUGGCAGGAGAACAGAAGCCAUCCUGCAAUCUUCUAGAGCAGUUCAUUUUACUAGCCAAAGGAACAAGUGGCUCAGCUCUGACUGCUCUUAUAAAUCAAGUGCUGGAAGCUCCUGGGGUGUAUGUCUUUGGAGAGCUGUUGGAGUUAACAAAUGUGAAAGAGCUUGCUGAGGGGUCUAACGCUGCUUAUUUCCAGCUGCUGAACCUGUUUGCGUACGGAACCUACCGGGACUAUGUGGCAAACAAAGAUAACCUGCCUGAAUUAACAGUGACUCAGAAAAACAAGCUGAAACACUUGACGAUCGUAAGCCUGGCUUCCCGAAUGAAGUGCAUUCCCUAUUCUGUGUUGCUGAAGGACCUGGAUAUGAGGAAUCUGAGGGAGCUGGAAGAUCUCAUUAUUGAAGCAGUUUACACAGAUAUUAUCCAAGGGAAGCUGGAUCAGCGAAACCAGGUGUUAGAGGUGGAUUUUUGUAUUGGCAGAGACAUUCAGAAGAAGGACAUCAGUAACAUUGUCAAAACACUCCAGGAAUGGUGUGAUGGCUGUGAAGCAGUUCUUUUAGGAAUUGAGCAGCAAGUACUUAGAGCCAACCAGUACAAAGAGAACCACCACCGAACUCAGCAGCAGGUAGAGAUGGAGGUCACAAACAUAAAGAAAACAUUAAAAGCUACAGCCUCGUCGUCGGCACAGGAGAUGGAACAGCAGCUGGUAGAGCGAGAGUGCCCUCCACACACAGAACAAAGGCAGCCCACAAAGAAGAUGUCCAAAGUCAAAGGGCUGGUCUCCAGCCGUCACUAGAACAUGCCAUCUAAAUGUCAUUCAGUUAGGAAUGACAGCAGGAGGAGCAAAAAGGGCCUGCGUCUCCUUUUUCAGUGGGUUCUGGGCCAGUCCCUUCCCAGCUGGCAAGUAAAAGCCCUGUUUGAACAGCUCCCAGUUAGCAGCACCUGGCUAAGUUACACUGUGCAGCUCCUAUGAGUUUUCAGGGUGUCCUUGUUCUGGUCCUGUCAAGAGGGACUUUUAAAGAAAGGGACUAACCAAAAGGGGCAGGAAAAAACCAAAAUAUCUGUGGACCGUUUUGCUCCCUCCCAGCUAGUUCAUUGCUGCUUAACCUUGAGGAAGCUGCUCUACUGAAUCAGAUCAUGGGAGAGCUUCUAUAGCAAGCAUCUGAAUCCCAGGGUUGAAGUGUGGCUACCAAAGCCAGGCUGGGAGCGAGGAAGCCAUCAACACAGAUCUUUUCAUUCCCAAAGGGAGCACAGGAAGGUUUCUAGGCCAGGAACUGCUUUACAUGGAAGCCUUCAGCCUUUCCGCUACCCCUGUCUAUUUUAAACUGGGGUGAAAUUCACACUACCUCGCUCUGUGAAGAUGAGUUCCAGUGCUGGGCUGUUUACUUAACUGUCUGUUUACUGCCCUUACUAAGCCCUUUAAUCUCUCACAGAUUUAAAGCACUGUUCUGCAUCUCUGAGGCAUCAGUACAAGGAGGAAGCAGGCUGCUCUUUCACACAGACCUUGCAGGUGGUCAGGGGCAUGCUAGAAACUUCCUCCUGAAUGUGAUGUGACCUCCCAGAGCUGCUUGUGAGUUCUUUCCCCCACUGAUACCUUCAGAGGGUAAUGCAUUCACUCUUCCUUGGAUGCUGGUGACAGUGGGAGGAGCCUGUUUGGCAUGGAGGCAGGCUGGUGGCCCAGGACCCACUGGCAGGGGUCGCAGCAGCAUCCCCUUGCUGAAGCAAUGGACUUGAUGAGUCUUUCUGAAUUUUGAACACUUUCAGGUUGUAUUUUCCUCCUUUUUUUUUUUCUUUUUUUUUUUUUUUUGUACAUUGUUGUGAUUCUAAAGCAUUUCAGCCUUUGUUUUGUGGGGGUUUUUUUAUUUGUUACAAACUAACUUCAGGUGAUUUGCACCUAGUUUGGCACGGUGUGGGAUUUUUUUUAAGGGGGAAGCAUUGGAACAGCAAUUCAUAAAAAAGUACAUUUUAGAAAAAAAUUAAAAAUGCUGAUUUAAUGUCAGAGUCUGGAGUUUUGACUUGGAGGCUGUUUUAGGCUUGUUGUCCAAUGGCACUUGUUCACUUAAGCAUGCAUUUGAUUCUUGGUGUAUGUUGACCGAUGGUCGACUGAUCUCUCUGAUGCAUCUGGGAGACAGGGAAGCCUCUUCACGUUUUGUCAGUAGUUCAUCUUUGUCCAGAUUUGUGCAGAAGGAUGUGUGGCAAAGCUGGUAGCUGAGCCUAAACAGCUUUGAUGUGUCCUGAGCCUAAACAGCUUUGAUGCCUGGUUGUGGAAGGUUUGUAGCUGUGCUCCGAGGCCAGUCUGUUCCUUCCUUUGCGUCUAGUAGAGUGCUGCUUUGUAGUUUGGCUCCUGCUUUUCACUUCUGUAAAGAGAAGCUCUUUCCCUGAGCAGGCAGGGGAGCUGUUUAAGCAGAGGACUGUGACAAUGCUCCAGUCCUACAGCCAGCUGUCACCUGCAUUUGCUCGUGCAAUGCACGUGCCUUCCUCUUAUUGCUACCAGGGCUCUGCCAUCUGUGUGUUUGCAGUCCUCAGUCACAGGACUUGCUCACUUGUGAGAGUAAAUCCCUCUCCUUUUCUUCUCCUGCAGUGCAGGCACACCAGCUUUCAGUCUGGAGAGGAAGAUCUAAAUACCCUCCCUCCAGCUUCCUCUGGGUCAAGUCCCAGACACUUCUGAUUCUGGUCAGGCUUCUGAUUCUUUACCAGCUCUCUCUCCCCCUAGAAAUGCAACAAGGAUGUUAAGUGGAUGAGCCCAGAGCACAAAGCCUUCACCAAUAAUUCAAUGGAACUGUUUCCCAAGCAGUGGCAGUAUUAGCUCCUGUUUCAGCUUCUUACAGUGUUCAGCUGACAACUUCUCAGGAGGUGCAGGUGGACUUUAUGUUCCUAAGUCUGUGUGGUGGAGCUGGACUGUGUCUGUUUCUAGCCUGCUGUGUGGAUAGCUGCAAUGUGCUGGUCAUCCAGUUCCUCACUGGAUUUGACUAGUGAGGCUCUAUGGUUCUCUUUCCAUUUUUAAUAUCAGUCCUGCAAGGUGGCAGGAGGAAUACAAAUGCCUUUGGGAAUCAUUUUAGGUCCUCAUCAAGCCACAGUCUGCUGGGGAAAUAGAUGUGAGUUUGGUGCCCUUGGUGUUUAUUCCCUGCCAGGGAGGAUGUGAUGGAGUCACAUUAGUUUACUGAAGCUUCUUUAGCAGUUGGAAGUUUUUGAGCUCGUUCUUAUGUUUUUGCUGUUCUCAAAGCCUGGCUGGGGGUGAGGAUCUUAUUUACGCUUUGGUUUGCAUUGCCUUUGAUCAGCAAAGCAGCAAGAGAGGAAAUAGCACUUUGAGUAAAGAGCUAUCCCAUGUCUCAUGGUGACAGAGGACAGAGAAGGGAUUGGUGUGUUGAAGGGGAUGGAGCUGUUGGCGUAUUUGGCUUUCCUGGUGUGCCAGCAAAGGGCUUGGUGCUGCAAAAGGAGGGGGACGUCUGCAAUGAGCCCAGGCUGAGAUGAGUCAUUAACAAAUGACAUGCACAGAGUACCUGGGGGAGGCAAACAGCUCUGCAGCAGCUGGUUAAUGAAUCUGGCUUGAAGGAAAGAGUUAGAAGCUAUUCCAGAAAUGAAGCAGAAGGCAGAGUUGUUAACGGGCAAGGAUGCAGGAGGUGCUGUGCUGUUUGAGAAGGACAACAGAUAAAGACUCUGUUGAUGUCCUGUUGACUACAGGAAAGGCAGCAACUCAGAGCAGAGUUGUGUGAAUUAGGGGCUGAAUUGUGGGCAGUUUCAAGUGGGGAGUGCCCAGGGAGCUGAACUGCUAUGGGUACAAGAGGGAGGUGGAAACAGAGGCCGAUUUGAUGCAAGCUCCCAUGGAUUGCCUGUGCCUGCUGGAGGCAGCUAGCACAGCUUGUCUGAGCACUGCUGGACGCUGCUCCCUGGUGCAGGGUGAGCAUCCUGCCCUGCUUUGGUUUAUGGCAGCAAUGGGAUGCUCCAGCUGCAGCUCGCUCCAAGAUUGCAGCAGGACAGACUUUGAGCUAUUGAACUUCUGUUUGCCUUUUCCACCCAGAGGGAGACAAAGUGGAUGGAAACUGCCUUCCCUCUGCUCUUCAGGGCUUUAUUGUCUAGCUUUGUGUUCUGCAGCUCCUCUUGUACUAGUGCUUGUUUAAUAUGGAAUUGAGCACUGAGCUGGAAAAUGGAAGAGAGGAUCUCAGCUGAUUGCAGUGCUGGUAGGCUGCCCUAGCCCUAAAGCUGUGCCUCAUGCUAACAAAUGUCCCUGGCAUUCCUGCCGAGACUCGGUUGAUACCAGCUAACAUCAGGCAAUUCUGGAACACAAUAAAGCAGCGCUGAUGUCAGUCUUUAACAGAAGAAGAAAAAAAAGUUUUGGCUUAAAAUUUCUUCUUCUUCUUUUACUUCCCUUCUCACCUUCUUAACUAAGUUGAAUGCUAACUUACUCUUGUGUUGAGAGCAGGAGGGAAAAUCAGUGAUGCUGACAGACCCUCCUGUCUUCAGAUUUGAGACCUGUCCUGCAAUCAGUCUUGUGCAGCCCCAGGAAAUCCCAUGGGUGCUUGUGGGGCUGGUCUCACGCUUGCAGGUCUCUCUCCAUGGAUCGUGUACAGGAGUAGGACCUGCAGAGCUGCUCUCCAGAGUGAAGCUGGAAAAAGUGAAGCUUUUGUUCUUUACAGAAGACAGUGGUGGAAAGAAGUGGCCAUUUUCCCACCAGCCCUGCAAAGUGCAUUUUGCUGAACAUCUUUCAGUUCCUGAAGGAAUGUAAAAGGAUGCAGACCCCAGAAGAGUUUUUAGGAAUAUGUCAUUGUUUCAUUCUGCUCCAUGACGAAGGUCCGUGUCUCUCAGGGACUGUUGACAUUUUGCUGAUAGCUCCUCAAGUUUGGCCCUCCCACAGAGCUCCCAGAGCUGUUAGAGAGCACCAGUUCCUUCAGGAUCACCUGCCAGCUGUGAUGCUGUACCUUUUACAUCACGACUCAGAGAUGACACCUCUCCUUGCUGGCAGACAAGCCAGGGUCUUGAUUUUGUUCCCCAUAGGCAACAUGUUGUGUGAUCCAUCAGCUGCUGCUCCCCGUCCAGCUGGAUCCUGUGGGCACUGCGAGGUGGGUACCUGUCUCUGAUGGAGGCCGUGCUCGUGCGAGGUCAGAAACGUCCCCUGUGCGCUCCUAACCUGAUGAUUGAGCUGUCGGGUGUCGGGAUGAAUCCUCUUGUUCUGUGCACCCAGUGUUCUGUCAGAGCUGGGGUGAGUCUGGCUGGAGGUUUCUAUGGUUUCCUGGUGGUUGCUAAGGAAAAGGAUCGCUUUGCCUCUGGGUCUUGGUGACUUUCUCUUUGCCCUGUCCUAGGCACCAGAGCCCAGCAGAACAUAAUGCUCGUUGUUUCCCAGCCCACUACAAUGGCCAGGGCAUAAUUUGUGACUCCUGUCACGGCUGGGCUGGGCGCCUGCCACUCUCUUUUUUUCUAAGGCCUCUUUGAAGAAUGAGACCAAAGAGCCUUCAAGCAGGAGUUUGUGUGUUUACUGCACUCCCCGCCCCCUCACUUGCUGUUUCCUUUAGUGCUCCAAGUCAUUUUAACGAUUUAUUUCAUGCACUUUACAUAGCAAGAAGCUUUAGCAACAGCUGUGUCUAUGAAUCCUUACCAGGCAGCUCUUGGUAUAUUUUGGUCUGUCUACGUAUGGUCCCUGGCUCAGUUAAAUAAAUUCUCUGCUGGAGGAAGGGACUUUACAGCUUAGUGGCAAAGGGCUGGCGGAUGGGAAUAUCAACAAGACUUAGUGAGCCACUGGAUCCUGGAAUGGCAGUGCCUCUGGCACAAAGCUCUGCUCCCACCAGCGCAGCUGGGGGCCAGGUCCAGCGCAGGCUCUUUGUUGCUGUCAGCAGGGACGGCGUCUCCAUCCAGCACCAGUGAUAGAACUGCAGUUAUGGGCUGAAGCUUGGGCUGGAAGUGGUUAAAGCAGGUCUGGGACAGAUGCUGCCCUUGUCACGCUGCUGUUGAUCCAGGGCUCGGCCGUUAACCAUGGUGGGCUCAUUUCCAGGGGUGCCAUUUGGGAUCUGGGCAUAGAGGUGCUGCCCAAGGCUGUGUGCUCGCAGGGAGCUCAGCUGGGGUCUGCAGAGUCUUGCAGCGCCAGGCAGGAUUCAGUCCAUCAGAGCAUCACAGGAUUGGGCACAAGUUUACUUUUGCAUAUGGGAUCAAAGCUUAAAAUAUCAGAUGGCCUUUCUCUUACUCCUGACUUUUCUAAAGCAUCUGAACAAUUUCUUCUUUAGCUCUGUUAAAAUCAGUCAAUCUGACAUUGAAAUUGUAUGUGAAUUUGAUAAAUAAAGACAGGUUACAAAAUGCCA